CACUCUCCCUCCUCUCAUUUUCAUUUCUCUCUCCGCCUUUUUAUUUUCCCUCCCAAUUCCGAAAACACCCUUCGUCGUUGAAUGCUGCGAUGGACGGCUCACUAACCUCCGUCGACGGCGAUUCCCCGGGAAACUCAGGGCUGAUGAUCGCCUCCGUCGACGGCUCUGAUCUUCGCCGGAACACCAACGAAGCGUGCGCCUCCACAACUGGAUCAAACCCUCAAAAUAAUUACAAUAAUAAUGCAAGGUAUAAAUUGAUGUCUCCGGCGAAGCUACCGAUCUCAAGAUCGGCUUGCAUUACCGUGCCUCCUAUGUUCAGUCCGACGUCAUUUCUUGAGUCCCCCGUCUUCCUGUCCAACCUCAAGGGAGAGCCUUCCCCAACAACUGGUUCCUUUUUCAAGUCGCAAAUGAUGCAGAGCUCUUCUGGUGGCUCCUCCACAUUUCCAUCUGUUAUAAAUAGCUCCAACUCCUUGGAUGGUAAUCAAUCAAGCGGAUUUGAGUUCAAACCUAAUUCCGGCUCAUAUUCUUUUGGAGGCUUUGCUUUCUCAGGAUCUCUGGUUUCUUCCGCAGAUCUGAGCCAACAGCAAACUGGGCAAGUUAACCAAGUCCAACCGGAGUGUCCCCCUCAGUCGUCUGAUCCACCUGUAGCAGUUAAAAGUGAAAUGAAUCCCCCAAAUGAACAAAGAUCAACUGUAGCUCUUCCAUCCUCUAGUGUACCACCUGAAGUUGAUUCCAACGAGUUCAGUCAAAAAGUCGACUCUAAUAAUGAAGGUCAAACACCUCCGUCUGAGCAGAAAGGACUAGGAUCUCAAGUAUCUGAGCGAACAUCAGAUGAUGGCUACAAUUGGAGGAAGUAUGGACAGAAGCUUGUCAAGGGAAGUGAAUUUCCGAGAAGUUAUUAUAAAUGUACACAUCCAAACUGCGAAGUCAAAAAAUUGUUUGAGCGCUCACCUGAUGGGACGAUAACUGAGAUUAUAUACAAGGGCCAGCAUGAUCAUCCAAAACCUCAACCUAACCGCCGACUUCCUGCUGGCUCUAUGUUGUCAGCACUUGAAGAGAAGUCUGACAAAGGGCCUCCCUUUAAUGGUCAAGAAGGAUUGCUUGCAAUCUCAUAUGGUCAAACCGUCCAUAACAAUGAGUCAAGUGGCACCCCUGACCAAUCCUCUUGUGGGGCUAACGACAAUAGUGGAGAAGUUGGUGCUUCUCAAUUAAAUAGGAUUACAGAUGAUGCUGAUGACGAUGAUCCUUACGCGAAGAGGAGGAGGAUGGAAAUCGGUGAAAUGGACAUCAAUUCGGUAGUCAAGCCUAUCCGAGAACCACGUGUUGUUGUUCAAACAGUGAGUGAGGUUGAUAUUCUUGAUGAUGGGUACCGCUGGCGCAAGUAUGGCCAGAAGGUAGUGAGAGGAAAUCCUAAUCCAAGGAGUUAUUACAAGUGUACUCAUCCUGGAUGCCCAGUUCGAAAACAUGUUGAGAGGGCAUCUCAUGACCCUAAAGCUGUCAUAACCACAUACGAGGGGAAACAUAAUCAUGAAGUGCCUACUGCUCGUAAUAGUAGCCACGACACAGCAGCCCCGCAAGCAGCGAGUCUGGCAUCAAGGAUGGGGUCACGUGAAGGCAAUGACGCAGUAAGCCUGGAUCUUGGUGUGGGGAUUAGGUCAGGUUCUGGGUUCGUUCCUGGUCAUCAUCACCAGCAGGGUAUGGGUGGUGAACAUUUACCCGGCCAGCCCCAGUUUAGCAGUCAUAAUCUUUUGUUGCUUCAACCAAACCCAAUGUCGAAUUAUCCUGGUUAUGUAAAUGGUGGUAUGGUGCUGUAUGGUUCUAGGGAAAACCAUAGUCAAGGGAAUAAUAGUAUUGGAAAUCAGCCUGUAAAUCACUCUUCUGCUAAUUCAUAUCAGCAGAACAUGGGAAGAAUACUCAUGGGUCCCUAGAUAAAGAAGAAGAAACAAAAAUACAACAAUUUCUUUUCUUCUCUCA